AUGGUUGACUCUAGCAUGAAGCUUUGCAGGCUUUUCGGGCUAGAAGUGGGAAACUCAAAGGAGGAAGCCGAGAAUUUUGUGGUGGAUCUUGCUCGAGAAGCCAAGUGCAAGAAGAAGAUAGUGUCGAGGUCUAAGGCUGAAAUGGAGAGGCAUAGGCUCGGGCCUCAACCUAGUGAAAGUGUCUCAACCCGGAGUAGGAGAAGAUCGAGUUAA